UACAAAUUCAAUCAAUACCUCACUCAAACAUCAAAUUCACCCCCCAUUUCAUAUAUUUAUUUAUUUUCCAUGGUAACAGAAGUUUUCCAUCACCAUUUAUGAUUGGCAAAUACUUUGUUCGGAAACUCCAUACAUCUUUCUCACUAUUUAAUGUGGAAAAAUCCAUGCUGGCUACCUUACGUAAGAAAACUGGCUACACAUUCUCCAACUGCAAAAAAGCACUGGAAUUACACAACAAUGACUUGACUAAAGCUGAAGAAUGGUUGAAGCAGCAAGCUCAAAGCUUAGGCUGGUCCAAAGCAACAAAAUUACAAGGCAGACAAGCCACUCAAGGAUUAGUAGGAGUUUUGAUUAAGAACAACACAGCAGCAUUAGUAGAAGUAAACUGUGAAACCGAUUUUGUUGCACGUAAUGAGCAUUUCCAAAAUAUGGUACACAAUGUUGCUAAUACUUGUAUUCAGCAUGCACCCAAACCUCAGGGGGAUAGAAUUGUUAAAGUAUGUUUUGACACUGAACAGCUGAAGGACUUAAAAACCAAUGAUGGUAAAUCAUUGUCAGACCACUUGGCUUUAAUGAUUGGAACUGUUGGAGAAAACGCUGUUUUGAAAAGAGCAAUGUGUUUUAAAGUAGAUGACAAUGUGCAUUUAUCCUCAUAUGCACAUCCAGCUGGAAAUAAUGGAACUGAAACACUGAUGGGCAGAUUUGGAGGGGUAAUUGCAUUGAAACAAAAUAUUGAUAAGGAAGUCAAUUUGGACGAGUUAGGAAAAAAAUUGUGUCAGCACGUUGUUGGACUAGACCCCAAAAAAGUUGGAUGUUCAUCUGAUAUACCAGAAAAGAAUGUUGAAGAUGAGACGUGUUUAAUUUAUCAAGAAUAUUUACACGACGAAAAUUUCAGUGUGAAGGAAAUCUUAGAAGAGAAUGGUGUGGAAGUUGUUGACUUUAAAAGAUUUGGAUGUGGAGAAACUGGCACCAUGGAACAGCCAUUAGAAAAUGUCGAAACUUGUCAAUAAAUUUGUUAGAUCAGAAACACUGUAGAUACAAAAAAAUUAAUAAAUU